AUGGGUGAUGCAGCCGACUGGUCGACUGUCCUGGAUACCCUCCUCAAGGAAGUGCAAGAAGAUGAAGCUUGUAAGAAGCUACUGGACGAUCUGCUUGGCUACGCCGUCUACGCCGUCACGAAGCACGAAGCAGACAUCAAGGACACAAUCAAGAAUCGGGUCAAGGUCAGGCAGUGGCCGGUCGAUGCUUCUGGCGUGCUUGAGGUCGAUCUUGUUUGGCCAGGUGCAGGCUACAACUCUGUGGCCUGUGGAGGAAGCUUUGCCGUUAUGGCUUGGGGCAUCGUCCGUGUGCGCGAUGUGGUCGGAGCCAGCGGGGGUGCGGCAAGCGCUAUUCUGGCGCUGGCAGACCCGGAGAAGAGCAGCAGGACCCUACUGACCUACUACAUGGUCUAUGCCAAGUGGGCCGAGCAGACGCCCCGCGCUGCCCUUCGACAGCUGUGGCGCACCACACCCCUGUGGACUGAGAUCUACCGAAGGGUCAUCCAAGACGACGCAGCUUUCGAGCGGGUGCGUCAGAAGGGCUACGUGGCGGUUGCUGCUGGCCGCACGGUCUUCCAAUGGCAGAACUGGAUUCUGCAUCACUUUGCCAAGCGGGAGCAGUGCGUACAGGCCUACGAGGCCAGCGGAGAGGCUUCCCUUUCCGGAGCGUUUGCCGGCAGGGAAAUCGAUGGGCUGAAGCGGCUGGGGCGAUGUUGCGAUGGAGGUGGCGUACUUCCGUUUCCUGGCCGGGAGGGCAAGGUGGCCUUGUACCAUCACACAUUUUACGGAUCUGCCACGGCAUGCACCAUGGAAAGCAUCGAGCAGCUAUUCCAAAAAGGCGUCGAUGACACAAUCACAAUGCUAUGCGACUCCUAUGACACCUGCAAAUUUCGCACUAUGGAGUACGGGGGCGUUAUCAUGGGCUUCGGCAGAGAGAUCUCCUGGGAAAGCGGGAGCCCUUCCGGCUUGCGAACUGUAGCACGAUACCUGCAUGCUGAGAGGGACGAAGCCGCAAACCACCUGGAUGCUGUCGACCGCCGGACGAUUGUCCUUCCCGAGGGCUCCCAUCUGCUGGAGGAUCCUUUGAGACGACUCGCCAAGGCCCUCCUCCUUGGUGAGGCAGGCCAAGUGGCUGCACCUGGUGCAGAGGUUUGGCGCAUCAAGGGCCUCAUACAAGUUUCAGGCCGCGGAACGAUGCUUCUCCAAGGCGUUGGCGAUCAGGUUUCACUGGAAGCCUGGCCGGAUCCCGUGAAGGUCUUCUUCCUCGUCUUCAUUGGCAUGGAGCUCGGUCAGGAACUCUUGGAGGCCGCCGUGGCUGCGUGCCGAGACGCGUCGGAGCCUGCUCAGGCCCUCUCCGACCUGGUGGAGCGCAGAGAGCGGAGCACUGGCUUCAGCCCCUAUUGA